GUAACUACUACGUCAUCAGAAAGGGACAGGAUAUCGUCUGUACGCCAGAAACUCGGCUGGAUUACUUUGACGGUCUCUGAACGGUCUAUUUUCACAAGAUAAAGAUGGACAGCGCCGUGACAACAAAGAAACCCACUAAAGGUAAACGAGCUUCAUCUAAAACGGACGCCCUGGAGGCUAAAAAGCGAGAGUUCCUAAAGGAGAAACUGAGAGAGAAACUGGAACAUGAGCGAAGAGCACUACAAGUGGUGGAGCGUCUUUUGGACAGUGCUGUGUCCGAACACAUUCUCAUUCAAAGUGCACGCUUGAUCACUGUUGAUAACUACAGCGAUAUUAUAGAAGAAAGGUCUAUCGCGAAACUUUGUGGUUACCCCAUUUGUCCAAACGAACUUUAUAAUGUGCCCGGACAGAAAUAUAAAAUUUCCACUAAGACAAACAAAGUAUACGACAUCACAGAACGAAAAUGCUUUUGCUGCAACUUCUGUUAUAAAGCAUCGAAAUGGUUUGAAGUUCAGAUAUCGAAAACACCCCUGUGGCUAAGGGUACACGAGAACAUUCCUGACGUGAAGCUCAUGGCAAAGGAAGAUGGAGGCAGUUCUGGGCUUGAAGUGAAGUUGCUGGAUGGGCCAUUGAAAGAAGCUGAUAUUGAAAAUCCUGGGCCCCCAGAACCUCGUGAUCCCUCCGAUGAAUUUUACAUGAAUAAUGAAGAGGGUCCACAGAGUGAUUUUAUCUCCACUGCCAUGGCCAAGUGCAAUCUCAGGGUACGCUUUGGGGAGACUACACAAGUCUCUUUUGAAAAAGAGGCUGAAGUUGGACAACCAAGACUUGAACUCGAAUAUCACCGAAAUCCAUCUGAAACAGGGGCUCUCCAAGGCUGCUCCAUACCUACUCCCUCUUCUGCAAAUGAUGGACUGUUGAUUUUGGAGAAAAACACACAAGCAGAUGACCAUGAAUUUGAAAAAGCUUCAUUUAAUCCAUCUUCAGAAAAACCUUCUCCUCAGGCCUCCACAAGCCUUGCACAUACACCGGAUGGCACUGACCCAAAUGUAGCACAAGCCGGAAUGUCCAAAGCACACAUGGAGGGAUCACCAGGCCAGGCUCAACGCCCAAGAACAAAAAGAACAGACACAAAGGCAACCAAGCUCAGUCUAAUGGAGGGCUUGAGACUGGCCCUCCUGGACUGGAAGACGGAGGAAACCAUGGAGCUCCUGCAUGGCUCUGACUCUGACACAGCAGAUCUUAACACUUGUCAGCGUGGAACAGAAGAGAGCUCGGUAGGUGUGCUGAAUUCUACUCCGACGACAGGAAACCCUGACGACACAACUCCGGAUACUAGGCCUACUUCUUCAGUGGACACCCCUGCAUCGGAUGUUCAUUCCAAGAAAUGCAGCACAACCCUCAUCGAAGGUCACGACCUUCCUUCCAAGGACUCCAGGAGCCCUGCCUUGCCACUGGUGGACUGCCACUCUCAGCAUGCCAUUCGGAAAGGCAUCGUCGUGGAGAAGCUCUGCAGAAGCCUGAAGAACAUUCUAGGUCCCUUGAGGCUCACCAUGACGGAGGUCUCCACCAACUUCAAUUACUUGGCCAGGACGUUCAGCCUCAGCAGCACCAACAUCAUCCACAAGGGGCCGGUGUGGACGGUGCUCGCCGUGGUGCUCCUGCAUGUCCUGGUGGAGGUGUCUCCAGCUGUGAGGGACAGCUUGGCCCGUCCUUCGUCAAAGGAGUCCAUUGCAUCUCUGCUGAAGGAAUUGCACCUGACAGAUCAGGAUCUACAAAGCCUUGUGCAGUUGUUCUGUCAGGAUGCACAAUGACACUGGUCAUGUUGUGUAUGUGACCAGAAUGUGGACUGUUGAUGGAGAGAAUUAGUUGGAAAAAUGGUCUUUAAGUGACGAAUAUAUGUCACAAAUCUUUGUCAACCCAUGCAAUAAUAAAAAUGUAUUAUGGAAACAGCGGUACUGAGUUAUUCAUAACAUGUUUUAUAAGAAUAGUCAUCAUUUCCACAAUUACAAUACUAAAACUGUCUGAUCACAUUUCAUAUCUCCAAUAUCAACAUCCAUCUAAAGUGCUUAGAGAUUACUGUACAUACAAACAUUCAUGUGUGCCCAAUAAUAUAUUAUGAGCAGAUAAGGAUGAAUAAAUAUACUGUGGUUCAUUAAAAUCCCAGGAUGAAGUAAGUUCAUGUCAUCUAUUAAAGUCUCACACCUCCACGGCAAUGCUGUAUAGUACAGUCCACAGUCUUUGUUGACAGUUUUUGUCAGUUCAAAAGUCAAAACAAAAAAGAAGCUGUAUAUAAAAUAUAUGCACAGACUUGUGUACAGUCAAACCUUUAAAAUAAAUAGUAGCAUAACAAAAUAUAUAUAUAUAUAUAUCAAUUCAUUGCCUAUUUCACAGAGAAAAAAAAAGAUCUGACUUCUGGCUGAAUCAUGCCAUUGUCACACCUAAAGUGUCCUUGG